CUCCCUGCCGCAAGGAUAUAUUUGACCCAAAUCUUUAAUGGGCUCUGGCCCUCAUGAAGCAUGUUUACCUUGCUUCUACCUGGUGCCAACGGCAUUUGUCCCAUUAUCAGUCUGGCCUUUUCCUUAACAGUUUCAUAAACAGCAGCAGCUCUAGGUUGGUGGCUCACAACAGUCGUAACUGCUUGCUUACGAGCGGUGAAGCAAGUCUUCUUCACGUCGGGCGAGUGGCUUGAUGGGUCGCUUUAACUUUGGGCGCAGCCGCGAGAAUCUUGAUGAGGACAUCGAGUACUAUCAGCCGGAGACUGGCCGAACGCUUCAGCGCACCAGCUUGCCACGUGCUGGCGACAUCUCUGAUGACAGCGAUGCCGAGCAGCAGCCGGGCCACAGGAAAAAUAGGCUCCGCAGGACAAGCGUUGAAGUGGGCAGACGUCUGGCUGGAAAGCUGCUCACGAUGCACAGCACCACACCCCGAGGCUCCAGCCAGGGUUAUGCAGCGGCGGCGGCGGCGGCGCCAGCAGCGGCGACAGCCGCGGCAACUGGCGGCAGCGGCGGCUCUCCCCUGAACUCCUCCACGACUGGACACACCGAGGGAGAGGACAGCGAAUCGGACUGGAACAGGAUCAGCGGCGAUGACGUCAGCAGCCGUGGCGGCGGCGGCGGCGACGAAGUGGCCGGAGCAGCCAACAGGACGACAGAACGAGGCCGCAGACGCAGCGCGUCGCAUGGCGGCACGGUGUUAGCGGCGGGGGGUGCCGAGGAUGGGUCUGGGUUUGGAUCCGGCCAGCAUAAUACGCCGGGCAGUCGUACUUUAAGAACCAUCGUCAGCCUAUUCAGUCGCCAUUCGAGCGCUGCGGCAUCGCAUUCAGGGGCAGACUCGCCUGGCGGCGGCGGCGGCGGUGGCGGCGGCGGUGGGGGUUCUGCUAGCAGCAGUAUCCGACGACGGUUUGGAGAUGCUGCUGCCGUAACCCCGCGUCCCAACAGCGGACAUGCAAUCGAUUCGCAGCCGCAGCAGCGUAGCAAGAGCUUUCUGAGCUCUCCCACGUCUCGGCUUGGCGGGAGAGCUCAACAGCAGCAGCAGCAGCAGGGCCAGACCUACCAGCAGCAGCAACAGCGACAACACUUUGCGGACAUGGAUCCAUAUAAUUACCACCAGCCGGCACAUCAUCCCUGUGACUAUGGGGCUUGCGGGGCGCGUGUUAGUAGCGAGCUAACUGUCAUACCGCCAACCGACAUGUUAAUACCGUUAGAGGUACGGCAACGGCUUUUACAGGAAGCCGCGACGGCGGCUGCGACGGCGACGCCCAUGAGUCCGGUGCCGGUGUCACCCGCGUUUAUAGGACCAGCUGACGUAGGCAGCGGCGGCAGUGGCGGCGGCGGCGGCGGACGAAUCGGCAGUGGCCGCGUCGGCGGGAGUCGCAUUGGAAGCGGAAGCGGCGUGCUGCACGUCAGCAGCAUUGGCAGCAUCGGCGGCAGCGGCCGCGGCGGCAACCAUUACCGCAAUGCCAGCCUCCGGCAUUAUCUCGCCACCGGCGGCAGCAAUGGCGGCGGUGACGUCGGGGCUGGUGUCGGCGGCGUCGGCGACUGGUUUCCCGACAUGCCAUUGCCGGGGCCUAAUCAGGCUGCAUGGAACCUGGUUGGCUCUCCGCCCUCGUCGCCUUCGCUGCCGCUGCCCCCGCCUCAGGUGCCGUCGCCAGCGACUCCGCGCACUUGGUGGAACGCUCUGUACGCCGAAGACACUUACGGGUCUGCCGACAAGCAGCCGGCGCAACAGCAUUGGGUGCCGCAGGUACUGCAGCAGCAGUGGGUGCCGCCGUCGCCGUCGCCGCCGCAACAGCAUCAGCAUCAGCAGCAGUCGUAUGAAGCCAGUCGCAGUGGGGCAGAUGCGGCAGGAGCAGACGAUGUGAUGGCUGGAGCUGGGGCGGAACCAAUAGGCGCGGCAACGACGCUCGCCCAACUGCAGCAACAACUGGAGGACUUGCGCUGCUUGGCGUCCGGUCGGUACCAGGCAUCAGAAGCGCCACCAGCGUCGCCCCCAUCACCGCCGCCGCCGCCCCCUGGUAGUGACAAUGUCUCCUCUGUCGUUUCCGCUGCAGCAGGCCUCGCGCGGGCCCAACCGACUGGGCAAGGCCACACGUACGACAGCCGGCAGCUACAGCCGCCCUCGAUUCCAUGGCCACCCCCGGCGGCGACGACGGGCCCUGGCGCCCGCGUCCCGACCCCUGGCGCGCCAGAGGGGACCCCAGUUACAACAAAGCAACCACAGCAGCCACCGUAUCCCUCGCAACCACAGCAGCAGCAGCAGCAGAAAUGGCCGGGAAGGAAUCAGCAAAUGCAAUCGGCGAUCCAACAGCCGCCGCCGCCGCCGUCACUUCCGCCGUACAACAACAGCAGCAGCAACAACAACAACAACACCCGGGGAACAAGUCCGCAGCAGUUGCGAUCACCCAGGACGUCGACAAGUCGCUUCAAGUUGGUGACAUGGGGUGCUAGCAAGGGCUCUGAAGGCACUAUUAUCAGCGGCGGCGGCGACGGCGGUGGUAGUAACGGCGCCAACGCUCUCGUGGCGACGGCGAAACCAUACAGCAUGUUAUCUGACGAAUGGACGGGCGCUGUUUUCGGACACGGCUGCAGCAUGCGUGCUAAGAGUGCCAGCGGCGGCGGCGGCAGCAUGCGCACAAAGAGCGCCAGCGGCGGCGGCGGCAGCAUGCGAACCCUGAGCGUCAGCGGCGGCGGCGGCAGCAGCAGCGGCGGCGGUUUCUUCGGAGCACACCCGAUAAGCAUCAGCCCUGGGGCGAGCAGUCUCGCAUCGCCCACCAACUCCAUAACCUCGCCUAGCCCCUCCCGUCUGAGCCACCGUACGACCUCGCGCUUGCAUUCCGCGCUGCUCAGCGCCUUUGGCAGCGUUUCCGUGAAGCGACUUUCCGACGGCGCCGGCGGAAGGCCGGGCUCCGGCGCCAGUGCUCGCGGCGACGACGGCGAUGCCGACGCGCUGACGUCACGCCGUCGUUCGCCGUCACUGAGACGAGUCGGCGCCGCUGCAACCACCAGCGGCGGCGGCGGCGGCAUUGACGGCGGAAGCCCCAAGACUUCCGGCUUUGUUAGCCGCCUGUUGAGGUCCUCGGAUUCCCUGCGCUUCCUGCAUCGGCAGCAGCAGCAGCAGCCGCCUGCACCCGGGGGUGGAGAGGGGGGCGGUCAGCGCGGCAGUGCGAGUGGUAUGUCCGCUGGCGGCGGCAGCCGUAGGGGCUCGGAGCGAGGGUUUCGGGGCCUGGCGGGGUUCAGCUUCACCUCAAGAUCUUCUGCCGGGGUGCCGGGGGGAGCUGGGCGCGAGGGGCAACCGCAUUCCGGGCCCGGCAGGGUUCGCAUUGUGUCAGUUACCGGAGCAGCAGCAGCAGCAGCUGCGGCCCGUACGAGCAAUGGGGAAGCUGCAGCCGCCGCCGCAGGUGUCGACCCCGUUGGCGGCAGCGGCAGCGGCGGUGUGGCAGGGCCCUCCAAUGCGCUGCGCAAGUUGAGGCGAUCAGUGGAAAUCAUCCGGAUCGCCAUGAUGCUCAAGCAUGCAGCGGAGAGGUUGCGAGCGAAGAGGAGAAUGGGGGCUGGGGGAUUGGAGGCGGGGGAGGACGGCGCCGGGGGGGCCAAUGGCAUCGUGUCAGGUACCGCUGGGUCGCUUCCCGAGCUAUCCGGCAUGGAUCUCAGCCCCCAGCGCGGCAAGCGAGGCCGCGUGCGCCGGUCCUCCAUCGACGGUUUCCGCAGCUUCAUGGCUCGAAGCUUCGUGGUGAAGGGGGGGGCGCAGCGUCGCAGCCUAGACCGCGAGCAGGAGAAGACGCAGGAGCACGGCCGGCGUCUCCUUGCGGCAGACAGCGACGAGGAGGAUGCGGUGGGACUCGUACCGCCCAAGUCGGAGCCUCAUCCGGGCCUGGAGCCUUCAGUGCCACCUCGGCCGCGAGCCUCCUUCGAAUACCUCAUUGAGUAUCAGCAGCAACCCGGGCAAUUGCCCUGGAGCGCCCAAAGCAGCCGAGCGAGCUCCUUCGAAGCAAAGAUGGAUAUAACACAGCAGCAGCAACAGCAGCAGCUAGCCGGUCAACCUUUGGUCAACGGCAGUAGUACUAGCGGCGGCGCCGCCGCAGGUCCUUCGCAGAGGAGUGUGAAUGGCGGCGGCGGGAGCGGCAGCGGCAGUAGCAACAAUGGCGGCGGUUGCGGUGACCGCCGCCGUCGUUCCCACCAACGCAACCCAAACCUUCGCCGCCGCCGACGCCGCCGACGCUGCCGUCAGCGCUUUCCCUCCCCCACGGCCACCAGCCCUCCCGUUUCGGGCCCAAAGGAGGCUCUUCGCCUCGGUCCAUAUCUCCUAGUGGCGGAGGCAGCUCCGCCGCUGCUUCCUUGACGCCUGCGGCACCAUCAGUGCUGACGUCAACGCCGCCGCCGCCUCCGGUGCCGCCGACGUCAGCAGCGACGACGGUCUCUUUGGCCACCAAGGUUGUUCUGCCGCCUCCGCCGCCGCCUCCGCCGGUGACGUCGCGGGUAGCGGCGGAGGCAGGGCAAUCGGAGCUCUCUAAAGAGUUAUCGCAGUCAAUGACCAGGAGAGCUCUGGGGAGUAGCGGGCGGCCCGGGCAGCAAAGGGGACUCCUGGGACAUGGCAGCCUAGCGCGGGUCAGCGAGCCUCAAGUAUCGUUUGAGGUGGACCUCACGCAGCCGCUCACCAGCGACGCGGACCUUGAAGAGGUCAUGCAGGUCAUCAGUCGCGGCAACAGCAGCGCUUUCUUGGAAGCCCCUGCGGUGUCGGCAGCAGCACACUCCGCCCGUCUCGCCGCCGCUGCCGCUGCUGCUAAGUGUCGGUUUGGUUCAACUGCCAGGAGUGGUAGCAGCAGCGGGGCUGCAGCAGCGGCAGGAGGCGGCACCGCCGGGGGCGGUCGCGACAGUGGCGGCCGCGAUAGUGGCGGUGCCAGCGGCGGCAUCUCGGUAGCUGCGCUGCGGUCGGGUGAAGACUUUUCAAACUCCUCGAGCCGCCUUCGUUUACAGUUGGGAUUUGAAUCCAGGACCUCGGAUCCAAUCUGCCCUUUGGAGAACCCCAACGCCCGACCGACAACGGCCAGGAACAGCAAUACUGAUACUCAUUUGCAACACCAGCCGCAUCAACAGCAGCAGCCACAACGGCAGCAACUCCAACAGCAGCAGCAACAAGAUGUACCUUUCCCUGCUCCAUCGGCCGUCACCGCCCACGCGCUUCUGCAGCGGCAGACCACUACCUGGGAGCUAUCACAGCCUAGCGACCGCGCUGAUAUUGAAGCGGGAACGACGGCGCGGAGGACGGCGGCGGAGACAACUCCAGCAGCGGAUUCAACGGCGGCGGGAGGGAUCCGGGCGCCGAUUGUGCCUAACACCACUUCACAGCGACUGCAGCAGCAACCGACAUCACGGCAGCAACAGCCGAUUCAAGCCUGUCACGAGAAACCUGUACAGCAACAACAGCUACCGCAGCAGCAAGGACAGGCACAAGAAGGGGCAAGACCAAAUGGGACGGCUGGCUCUGACGGCGGCGUUGCUGCCAGCGGGGACGCUGACGGAGCUAACGGCGGCGGCGGCGGCGUCAGCCGUACAGUGCAGGUGUUGCUGCAAAAGCUGAAUGCCUUGCCGCCAGGAUUACGAGCGGAGAUCGUGACACAGCUAAGCACCAUGCCGGAUGUACGGCAGCUGCUGACGCUGGCCUCAUCGCCGCCGCCGCAGAGCACAGCCGCCGCCGCCGCUGCUGACACCGUCACAGCCGCUGCUGCCGCUGCUGCUAAUGGUUCUGCUAGUAGUACUGCAGCUCGUCUCUCAGCCCUGUCGUCACAUCCCCUGCCAAUGUCCCCUAGCAGCAGCAGUGACGACUUGUUGGAUGAAGGCGGCGUCGGCUGCAGCAGCCAUGCAGGAAGGUGGAUUGGGGAAGGGCAGCGGCGGCAGACGCAUGGUGGUCUGACGGUGCCGUCGGUUCCGGCAACGCCGUCAAGUCUGGCGGCGCCGUCUUCGCCUCGUGGGUUGUGUGGUACAGACGUCACCGUCGGCCGCGGGAAUGUCAACGGGGGUGGGGUGAUGGGGCAGGGGAACGGUGUGGACGGUUUGUCGGAGAAGCUAGCGGCCGAAACCUCAGGGGUCGUUGACGUCAGAGCUGCCGUCGCCGCUGGCGUCAGCGACGGCUUUCCGCUGGCGGCGACACGUUCGGCAUCAGCCGUUGCUUACGUAGCAGCCUCCCCCGGUCCCGCCGCCGCUGGAGCGUCACCUCUCCAGCCGUUCACAAUGCGCGGAAUGACGUCAACUGCCGGAACGUACAGCCUCCUCGCAGCCGCCGGCGCCGCAUCAGCCGCCGGCGCCGCCAAGUCGGCUACUUGGUCCGGCGCCGCAGCCGGCGGCAAGAUUGCCGUACCUUCUUACGGCGGCGCCGCCGCCAUCCCAGCCGCCAGCAGCGGCGCCGCAAGCCCUCUCAUAGUGGGCAGUCCAGGCGUCCUCGCCACCUCCGUCAUAUUCCCGGAAGUUUCCGCUGACGCCAUCGCCGCAAUCCCGUCGACCAUGGCAGCGCUCGCUGCCGCUUUCCGUACAUCAUCACACAUGACGCCGCCGCCGUCACCGCCGCACCCGUCGUACAACCUGUCGCGAAUUUUCGCAACGCCCAGGGAAACGGAAUGCCAGGUUCCACAUGCAGCAUCGGCGGUGUUGCCGAUCUCUGUAGCCGCGGCGGCGAGCCAAAGCAGCGGCGCCGCCGUCAAUCACGCUGAUGUUCCCGCUUCCAGUCCUUCAGACAUCAUGUUAACCGUCCAACCGUUGUCGUACCGCCCAGGUACAUCGAUAACUAAUGCUCACGAGUCGGGCGAGACCGAGCAGAUGCGGCAGUUAGCGCUCCUGGAGGCCCAGCUGGCAGAGCUGCAGCGGCAGUCAUCGCAGCAGCCUCAUGCCCAGCAACUGCCGCAACCGCAGCAGCAGCAACCGCCGCAACCGCAACUGCCGCAACCGCAACUGCCGCAACCGCCGCAGCAGCAACCGCCGCAACCGCAACUGCCACAACUGCAGCAACCGCAGCAGCAGCAACCGCCGCAACAGCUGUCGUAUGGUUUUCCGUCAGGACAUGAAGAGCAACUUCCGCUGCCAGGAUACGACGAUGUCCGGCACGAGCGGCAACAGGCUUGGCUCGAGCAGCAGCAGCAGCAGUACUACCAACAGCAACACCAGCAACAGCAGCAGCAGCACCACCACCAGCAGCAGCAGCAGCCGUCAUCGCCUCUGGUGGCUGCGUCCGCAAACGCAUGGGGUGAAGCUGAAGUGCUGGACGUCCCCAUGCCGGACCUCACCGCAUGGCAGCCGCUACCCCUGCCUUCGCUUCCGCCGCAGCUCUCGGAGCAAGCUGCCGUACCUUGCCUACCGUAUUCGCCCCCUCUGCCGUACAACCUUGCCUCUGGCGGUUUAGGUACUAGUUUACCAGGCUCGUUUGAAUCAUUGCUGUUUCAAAUGAACAGUAGCGGUGUGAAGGACAACGGCGACAAUCAGUUGGGAGCCUCACCAAUGCUGCCGUACACAUCUGCCGUACUUAGCAUGAAACAAUCCGCACAACCACCGUCGGCAUUGCAGCUGCGACGGAGCCUGAAAAGGAAUGUCAGCCAAAGCAAAAGCCCUCACGCCUCAACCGCAAACCCAACUGUUCUAGUGGACACGGAGCAAGGAACGAUGCUCUUGUCGGGAUCCCAACCCUCGGAGGCAGGCGUGGUGACGCAAAACCCUAACCCUUGGGCGACAGUCACGGCAGCAGCGGCGGCGGCUCCGAUGCCGCCGGCGUCGAUGUUGUACGACAUGCCGGCCGGCGGCGUCGGGUACGGCAGCGUUAUGUGUUACGGCACCUCCUGCGGAAGCGGCGGAGGCUGUAGCUAUGGCAGCGGCAGUAGAGGUGGUUUGGAAGGGGGUACAGAAACCAUUCCGUACGGCACUGACAAAGUCGAAUAUGGCAGCGACGGUCCAAUUUAUGAGGCAUGGGUUACAAAAGCGGCGGAGGCUAAUAAGAGUUUGGAGUGUCCCAUGGGUCAUCAGGUGCUGCGUCCUGGCGCGAAUAUGAAAAGUAAAGCCCAUAUGGUUUCACAUCCGCUGGAAUGGUGGGAGGAUGAUGGCUGAGGUGGGAGGUGUGAGCUUCUGAGCGGCAUAACUGCAGAUGUCAGCAGCGCAAGUACUGCAGGUUACAGGAGGCACUGUUCCGAAAAGAAGCGGCCAUUAAUGUUUGUUUAACCGUGAUCACGUUUUGGACGCAUCCGUUGAUAAACUCUUACCAGGGAGUGCAGUUGUGGGCUACCAUGGCAGACUAAUGUGAGGAUCCUGCCUAUUCCGAGAGUUGAGACCAAACGUAACGUGCACACAGCAUGCGCAUGACCGUAUUUGUAGUGUUGGCGUUAUGUUGCCGUGCGCGUCAUUGAGAUAUGAGGUAGCGCGAGUCUGAAAACCGAAGAGACUUGGUUGGUCGCCCUUGUAAAUGCUGCAUGACGAGAUAUUGGGCAAGGAGAGGUCUUAUAGGGGUUGAUUGAUUGGUUGGUGAAGCUGACAGAAUAACACAUUUCGACUAGCGUUUCCGUUGCUUAGCGUGGUGGCUGUGAUAUUCUCUUGAAUGUCAGUGAGGUUACCUGUCUUGACGGUCGUUUCUAGGUGAUCAGAAGGUGGUCGUACACAAAAUUGAUGCAUGUACGGCGCAUAUUUCACGCGUAGCCCUGCCAUAUGUCUCAUGAUGCGGGGUGCUAUAGCGCUAAGCGGUACAACGGUGGCUAUCUGUGCAAACGCUAACCGUGUCCUUCAACGCAUGCACCUGUUGCCGUACAUCAUAGAUGAAUUUGCAUACUUCUGAAGUGUUUGUAUACUUACUACGGCAAUCGAACGGAAGGUUGCCUCCCGGUCAUGUAUGCAUACCGGUAGCUACAUCGAUUGCCUAGCAGCAGCGGCAGGGGCCUGCGCAUGUGUGUGUAUCGUAGGCCCCGGGCCCGCUGCUCCUUAGGUUUGCAUGUGCGGAGGGGGGCGGAGCCACGGCUGUGGGACUCGGGCAUCACAUGUGGAACGCUGCACGUGAAGCCCUUGGCCGUGGCUAGGGGCAUGGCCUGUGAUCGCUGUGAAGGGUGUGUAUUAACAAAACUGGCCGCGAGUCGGAACGUACUGUGAUUGCCGGAAGUCCUGCUGUUAGGUUUUGCGGCUGGGCAUUGGGCUGUGAUGCGGAUGGAGGGGUGUGAGUGGUUGUGGCUAGCGUGGUCUGUGUGUCCUAGGCUGGGACGCUUGGACGACCUUGGCUAGUGCAAACGAUAACCCAGGCGAAAAGAGUUAGGCAGCCAUGUAUGUAAGC